AUGUCUUCUAGUUCGGGCACUACCUCUCCAAGUUUGCCCAAUUCCAGAGCUGAGAGUAGUUCAUCGCGUGUCACUUCACAAGAGGAUACGGCAAAUCUAUCAGAUGUUUCGUCAUCCGGAAGUUCAUCGCCAGUCAAGCCUUUAGCGACUAAAAGCGCCAUAGGCAAGAAACAGAAGGUGUCAGAAAAGACAGCGAAGGUCACGGUUACUGAUCAAGAUGACAAUACUCUUGAUGAAGAUACGGGCCAUGAACACAAGCUCAACUCUCGAAAGGUUACCGAUAUUCACAAGAAACCUGUUUCCAAGACAGGGAGAAUUUCCGAAGUCGAUAGCGACAGCGACAACAAUGAACCUGAGAAAAAGCCUACCAAGAAACCCGUUGCCGCCUCCAAGUCGAAAUCCAAGUCGCCUAAAACCAAAAAGCCAAUUGCCAAAGCUAAGAAGAAUGCUGAGAUACGCGAUAAUGUAGCUCUAACUGUCUCUAAUACCAAGGAUUCAGAGUCAAUCGGGAAGCCUGCCCCAGCUCCCAAGCCUAGAAAGAGACCUGCUGCUAUUCCCGCAAACGAUGGAGCCCGCAAGAAAGCCAGAUUACCUCCAAACGCCUACACCCCUGAUUCCUAUGAAAGUUUGAACAAGGAGGAUAAACUUUUGUUCGACCUCAAAACCCGAAGUCCAGACGCGACAUGGAGGGACCUUGUUGAAGAAUUCAAUUUGAAAUUACAAGGCAACCCUAGAGUCAACCUCGAUGCCCUUAGAAUGCGAUGGCCGAGAGUCAAAGCUGCAGCGACUGAAAUCGCACAUGGGGAUAUCCAAAAGAUGUGUGUCUAUAAGCAAGACAUGGAAGUUCAACUAGAGACAACACGAGAGGAGCUUUUGGCCAAAUUCGAGAGAGACAAAGAGGCCAUACUGCGAAAAUUCAAGGCAGACAUGUGGACAGAAAUUGCCAAAUACGUGGCUCAAGACGGUGGUAAUCAAUAUGAGCCAGCUACUCUCCAGAGAAAGUAUGGUGUCUAUCAGCGUCAGGGCCGCAUUGAUAAAAAUGAUAAUUAUAUAGAUUGGACGGAAAAAGAUGAAAAUGAGAGAACGGCCAAGGAGCGUAGCAAGACCUUGAUGGAGAAAAAUGAUGCAGAGGCUUCGGAGGGCGACGAUGAAGAAUCGGAUGUUGAGAAACAGAAUGUUGAGGAAAAGGUAGAAGAUGAUGACGAUGAUGAAGAAGACAAUGUUGAUGCUAAGGGAGAAAAUGAGUACAUUUCUCACGGAGAGGACUAG